AUGGCGACUUCGAAUUUGGAGACGCCUGCGUCAUCGUCUUUGUCAUCAGCUCGUUUCAAUCACACCCCUUAUUACUGUGAGGAAAAUGUAUACUUACUCUGCAAAAAGCUGGUUGAGGAUGGGGUGGUGAGAUCAGAUGCUUCUGAUCUAUAUGUGCUGUUCAUUUCCAAUGAAAAAAAGCAGAUUCCAUUGUGGCAUCAGAAGGCAAGCCAUAGAGCAGAUGGAGUAAUUCUCUGGGAUUAUCAUGUUAUAUGCGUACAGAGAAGGAAAGAGAGCAACGUGCCUCAUCUAGUGUGGGAUUUAGACUCGAGUCUUCCUUUUCCAUCUCCUCUAGCAACUUACGUAGCCGAAACUGUUCGGCCGUCGUUUCAGCUUUUUUCUGAGUAUCAGAGGGUUUUCCGGAUAUUGCAUGGGCCGAUAUUCCUGAAAAUGUUUGCAUCUGAUAGACGGCACAUGAAGGAUUCUGCAGGAAAUUGGAUUCAUCCACCACCAUCAUAUGAUGUAAUCGUUGCUGAAGAUGGGACUGCUCACAACUUGAACGAGUACAUGGAAAUGUCAUCUGUCGACAUUGUGAAAAGCAUUGGGGCAGAGACAAUAAGUACAGUUCAGUCGGAAAAACUUGGUGUGCUUGUGGGUGAAACCCAACUAGAGGAAUUCUUUUCUCAUGUUCCCGAGAACUGA